AUGCCUGAAUUGUUGUGGAAGGCAUACAUUGACUUUGAACUAUCAGAGGGUGAAUCUGAGAGAGCUAGAGAACUUUACAAGAGACUCCUAGACCGAAAAAAAACACCUAAAGGUGUGGAUCAGUAUGCGAAAUUUGAGGCAUCUGCUGUAGUGGAAGCAAUGUGUUCAGAAGACCAGGAUCAGGAGAAGAAGCACAUACCCAAAACCUCAAGAUAUUGGAAGCUGCCUACAUGUGGAAGAAGCGAAAGGUGGUUUAGGAAAUAA